GGCAAAAUCACAUAAGCUUUACUUGCUGAACUUUAAUCAUGAAUCCGGUACAGAUUCUUGUUCUAUUAAUUCUGACAUCAGCUGCGGCGGCUUACCUCCAGGAAGGACCAAGUGCUCUUUCAACUUAUGCUCUGCGAUUGGGGCCUGGAGAAGAGAUACUCACAUCAUUGUCUAAAUUUGUGCAGGAGAAGAAACUAAAAGCUCCAUUUAUUAUAACUUGUGUGGGCAGUGUCACCAAAGCAACACUUAGACUGGCUAAUGCAGACGCUGUGAAUAGCAAUGAGAUUAUUUACCUAGAAGAGAAACUGGAAAUUGUUUCCUUAGUGGGCACAUUAAACGAAUAUGCUCACCUGCACAUAUCAUUAUCUGACAAAGAUGGGAAAACAAUUGGAGGACAUGCCAUUGGGGACUUGAAAGUCUUUACCACCGCUGAAAUAGUUAUUGGAGAACUUAGCGACCUACAAUUCACUCGGGAGAUGGAUGAACGCACAGGCUUUCAUGAACUUGUCAUUAGGCCUCGCUCGGAACAUGUUAGCAGUAGCGCUGCUAAAUUAUGUUCUUUUUUUUUUCCAAGCAAGUGAAUGAAAUAAAUUUGUUUCAGAGCAUGUCUUUACGUUGCUCUUAGCACCGGUGUAUUGAUUGAAGCCAUUUUAACACGCACAACAUAAUCAGUCAUGUAUGAAAUAGGAACGGCUGAAUGAUUUCAAGAAAUUCUUUAAAUAUCUUACCAAUUGUUUAGGCUUUUUAUUAGCAUUUUUUUUUUAAAUCUUUCUUUUUUUCAGGCUUUCUGAGCUGUUCCUCAGAGAUUUUAUAAAUCUGAUUGUCCCAAAGGGGAUAUAGGGUAGUGUCACUGACUCAGAGGUCUAAUGGAUGUACUGUUUACUCAUCUUUACAAAGUUACUAUAACCCCCUAAUUGGGAAGGAUAGCUCAAACAAGCACAGAGAAGCAGUUGUCAGAAAAGCGUGACUUGAGUUUAAAGAAUCUGUUAGGCGCAAAUGCUUUGCAUUGUCCUGCUGUACACUGUUUGGCCUAAUACACAUAACCUACUUAUUAGAAGUUCUUUUCUUUUCUUUUUUCAAAUAAACACAGACUGCGAUGAUAGUGAAUAAACAGAUUAAAUGCUGUA